AUGCUUCCAAUACCCGACAAUCCAGAUGAGAUGGAACAGCAACUUCUGCCAUCGACAGAAGAUUCGAGGGAGCAGGCCCUUGAGAGGCGUGCCGCAGCAUCAUUCGAUCACGAUCGGCGACUGGCGAAGGUAGUGUUGUCCAUGCCAGAAGGCUGCGGUUGCCUUGCAGAGGAGGACGAUGACGGUGAUGUGGAGUACAAGUGGCGUCUCACGGGCAUCACGCCCAGUCGUUUCGAACACCUCGUGACACAAAUGCGGUUUCGCGUGGGAGAGGGUAACGGUCAGUGUCUCUACGAGCUCGGUGUCUCUAACAACGGUUCACCGAAGGGCCUCCCGCUGGUCGACUAUGAAGAGUCCGUGGAGACACUUAAGCGAAUGGCAAAGACACUCGUCCUUGAUGCUACUGUAUUGCAGAAGUUCAUGGUUCAGGCUGAGCCGACGCCGCUGUGGUGCGGUGAGGUUCUUGUGACGCGCCGACAGGCGAAGCAGCAGGAUGGCAGGGUCGCCUUCUGCGGGGCAGCUGGGAGCGGGAAGUCUACGCUUAUGGGCGUGCUGCUCACAGAACUCUUAGAUGACGGGGCUGGCAGUGUGCGCCAACUGUUAUUCAAUCACAAGCACGAGAUCGAUACGGGAAAGACCACCUCCAUAGUGACACGUGCCUAUUCCAUAGAUAACACAGAGGUGGAAAAGGGAUCCUCUAAGUGUCCGUUGGGUGCUCCUGAACGUCCAUCGCGUUUCCUCACGAUGAUGGACCUUGGAGGCGACGUGACAAAGCGGAUGCUCUUUGGCUUAAUGAGCCGUCGCCCCAACUUCACCGGUAUAUGCGUUUCUGUUGAGCAACCGGCAGAAGAGGUGACGCGAUACGCACAAGUUUGCCGUGCUAUGCGGUUCCCAUUCUUUGUCGUUGUAACAAAAAUAGAUACUGUUCUCGAUUUUGAACUAGACAUAUUUCUACUAGAAUUGGUGGCGCAGCUUUCGACUAUCGGUUGCAGUUCGGUCAUUUUGGGUGAUGUUGACGAUGUUGAUAGAUUCCAGGAGUCGUGGAGGAAGUCGAAGCAAGUUCCUGUAUUGCGUGUUUCUUCCUCGAAGGGCUCUGGUGUGGAAAUAUUUAGGAAAUUCCUCUCGUCUCUCCCAUUAGGUGAGAUGCCAGCGACACCAGACCAUAAGUUUGAGGUUCUCCUUGACGGAUGUUUCUUCGUCCGCGGUGUGGGACCUGUUGUUCGUGGACAUGUCGCAAAGGGUUGCGUCGAAUUGGGGUGCCACUGUAACAUUGGGCCUGAUGCUGUAGGGAAAUUCUAUCCUGUUACGAUUCAAGGCAUACACGUGGAAGGGUCACAUGUCACUCGUGUUCAGCAGUCUGACGACGCCACGUUUGCUCUCUCUGAGCUCCCUAGCAGUGUGGACAUGACACAAAAAGGCAAACUGUUAAUUCCUAGCUCAGUACAGGUGUCAUGGGGGUUCAAAGCGCAUAUCAAGGUGCUUUCACAGGGUAUGACACGUCAACUACAGCCUAUACUCUAUACGGGCAAUCUCCGACAGGCUGUGAAAAUUAUUCCUUCUCUCUCCACAGAGCUGGAAACACUGGACAAAGGGGGUAUAGCAAGCUUUAGGUUUCUCUACCACCCAGAGGUGCUCCGGGAAGGCGCCAGCUUUAUUCUGCAGUGGAAUCCAGGGGGUAUGGCCGUCGGAGAAGUGAUCAGUGUGUUUUUUCAGUUUCAGGAUUCUGAAGCGGAUUAA